UUUGACCCUACUGUGCUCGCCGUAGUCAGCCAUCAAACAUGGCCGACCUUUGGCGCAUAUGCGCCGAACGGCCAAGCUAACAUGGUCGGAAAAAACUGAAGAAAGCAAGUGCGACGAAACCGGGGAGAGACAUUUGUGUCUUUUGGGAGUACUCCAUUUAAUAAACCAUCAAAACGUAUUUGAGGCAAAACAAUCGUCUUGGUUUGCUGGUGGACGCUUGUGACUUGUAGUAAACGGACACGACAACUUUUCGCGAAGGAGAGCUACUAAACAGCUGACUGAAUGGCUGAAGGCUCCUCAGAGCCAGUGGACCUCAAUCCAGAGGGUGUAUCGCAUCCUAAAAAGCCAAGCAACGACAAGUCCAGACGCGGUCAGUCGAAAUUCAGUGGCGAGCGACGCUCGAGUGCUCCCUCCCAGCAACAUGGCCGACCUCACCAUGACUUCCAACAUGCAGCCUCUCAGGACACCCAGCGCCAACAGGACCAGGAGGGCGGCAGCAGACGAGGGCGAGGUCGCCGGGACGGGUUUCGAGGCAGUAGGCGCGGUCAAAGAGCUUUUACUGGGGACCAGUCAAACCACGGAUCAGAGUGGACGAAUUGGUGGAGAGAUAACGACGGUGGUGGCAGCAGAAAUUUGGAACCAGGGAAGUUGAGGCAUGAGAAUCCUAGGCAACGAGAUGACACUCAUUUAAGGGGAAAAAACAGCGACGUUGGGCGUCGAAUGCCAGAUGACGAUGCGGCAGAAGAACAAGGAAGGAGCUGGUGGGCCAUGGCAACUGGACCGGACCCCUCCGGAGAUCAUCGAAAGAAGCAGCUCGAACAGAAGCGGCGACAAGGACCCAUCAAACCUUCCAAAGUGCCAGCACAGGCCGACGGGGACUCAGAUAGGGCGGCCUGUCGCCAUGACAACCGCACCAACCGACAGCGGGGUGACCGUCACAGAGGCCAGAGGAGCAUGCGCAACCGCAAUAUGCCACAAAGCAACGAAACGCAAACAGGGUGUCUGAUCGAACAGCUGUCAUUGGAGAAGUACGAGUGCAUGGUGUGCUGCGACAUCAUCCGUCUGAUGGCGCCCGUGUGGAGCUGCCACAGCUGCUUCCACGUCUUCCACCUCAACUGCAUCAAGAAAUGGGCCCGCUCGCCCGCCUCCCAGGCAGACGAUUCAGCUGACGGUUGGCGUUGUCCCGCCUGCCAGAAUGUUGCACUUAAACACCCAGCCUCCUACACUUGCUUCUGCGGCAAAGUGACCAAUCCUGAAUGGCAGCGCAGCGAGAUCCCACACAGCUGCGGCGACAUGUGUGGCAAGAAGAGGAGCAGCGCGGACUGCAACCACCCUUGUAACAUCUUGUGUCAUCCAGGGCCUUGUCCGCAGUGUCCCGCCUUUGUGACCAAAUCCUGUGUCUGUGGAAGAACAAGUCAGCCCAUGCGCUGCAACCAGCCGUCGCUCCUCCACUGCGACAUGGCGUGCGGCGCAGCGCUCAACUGUGGCCGACACGUGUGCGCUCAGGUGUGCCACGCCGGACCGUGUCAGCCCUGCCAGCUCAAAGUUCAGCAAGCCUGCUACUGCGGAGUCUCCACUCGCGAGGUCCCCUGUGGCACGGAUAGUGAGGGAUUGGACGCUUCGGGGAAUUUCUCCUGCCAAAAGACUUGUGGAGAGAUGUUAAACUGCGAAGCUCAUCGAUGCCAGCAGCCGUGCCACCGUGGCUCGUGUCCGCCGUGCCCUCGCUCGCCGAGUACUGUCAAGACUUGCCCUUGCGGUCAAACGCCGCUAGCCAAGCUCCUGGAGUUGGGCUGCCCAGAGCGUAAAAGCUGCUCUGACCCGAUCCCCUCCUGCGGGAAGACGUGCGGCAUGCCUCUGCCCUGCGGCUCCAAUGACACGAUCCAUCAAUGUGACAAGCUGUGCCACGAGGGAGCUUGUGGGCCUUGUUCCCUGACUUCAACCAUCAGAUGUAGAUGUGCCUCCAAGACCAAGGAGGUGCCGUGUGCCAUAAUCAAAAGAGAGGAUGAGCUGGUGUUCACCUGUGAAAAGCGCUGCAAUAAAAAACGCACCUGUGGCCGACACAAGUGUGGCGAGCUGUGCUGUGUGAGUGUGGAUCACAAGUGCCAGCUGAUCUGCGGCUACAAACUCAACUGUGGCCUGCACCGCUGCCAGGAGCCAUGUCACCGUGGCAACUGUGAACCGUGUUGGCAAUCCAGUUUUGACGAGCUGACGUGUUAUUGCGGGGCCUCCGUGUUGUACCCGCCCAUCCCGUGUGGCACAAGCCCGCCUGAGUGCAAGAACCUGUGUACCAGGAGACACGAGUGUGACCAUCCAGUGUUCCACAACUGCCACAGCGAAGAGAAAUGUCCCCCCUGCACCUACCUGACCGACAAGUGGUGCAUGGGAAAACACGAGCAACGCAGCAACAUCCCGUGUCACCUCCAAGACAUUUCCUGCGGGCUGACAUGCGGCAAGUCGCUGCCGUGCCAGAUGCACCGCUGCAAGCGAAUCUGCCACCGCGGCGACUGCUCAGCAGCGGCCGGCGACUGCGGCCAGCCGUGCGCCCUUCCCCGCCCGGACUGCGGCCAUCCCUGCGCCGCCCCCUGCCACACGGGCACCGCCUGCCCCAAUACCACCUGCACCUCUAAGGUGGCACUGGAGUGCGAUUGCGGUCGACGGAAAGAAACGGUGUCGUGCACCGAGGCUGCCAGUUCCUAUCUGAGGUACACGGCCAUCACCAUGGCCAGCAAGCUGUCUGACAUGCAGCCGGGCGACUCCGUGGACAUCGGCCCACUGCUCGCCAAGAAGGAGCUCAAACAAAGCAGGCUGGAAUGCGACGAGGAGUGCGCCACGUUAGAGAGGAACAAGCGCCUGGCCGAGGCCUUGCAGAUUGACCCCUCCUCGGACCCUUUCCAUGCGCGCUCCCACUCUGUGUACAGCAACAGCCUCAAAGAUGACGCCAGAAAAGACUUGAAGUUUGUCUCUGGUGUAGAAGAGGCCAUUAAGAAUCUUGUGGAGCUCGUUUCGAAGGGCAAGCAGCCAAAGAGGAGCCACUGCUUCCAACCCAUGAACAGGGACCGCCGCAGGAUCGUCCACGAGCUGGCCGAGGUCUACGCCGUGGAGAGCGUCAGCUAUGAUAGCGAGCCCAAGCGCAACGUGGUCGUCACAGCGCUCAAGGGCAAGUCACUGUGUCCAAAAUGGACACUCACCUCACUGAUUGAACGCGAAACGACCACCAGAGCCCCCGUCCCCAUCGCUCAUGUCAAGCAGGCCAGCAGCAGGGCCUCCGGCACCACCACCUGGUCCAAGCUGGUCAAAGAAGAGCCGGUAGUUGAUUAUUUUGACGUCCAGGACUGAACAAAGAACGCAAUCGUAAAUAGCGCUGCUUUUGAACUUCCACUAGCAUGAAUCCUGAAUCAAGUCUUGAAUUUUGACAUGCAAGUGAAUGUAUGCAAGCGAUCCCCAAGGAGAGGCACUUUUCAUAAAAACGUGAAAUAAAAGUUCUCCUCGUCUAAAAGACA